CCGAUCGCGGUCUUGCUCAGGUCGCGAGCCCACAAACUACAACAACAUGCGAAGAAUUCGAACGUGACGUUAAAUUCGACUCUUUGGCAAUUGUCGACUCUAUGUGGAAAAUAAUUUAUUUUUGGUCGAAUACGACAGAAGUCAGACCAAUUAUAUUUUCGUUGAUUGCGAAAAAGAGACUAAAUAAAUUCAAAGCCGUAGUGGACGCCAUAGCACCAGAGUUAGAUGUCGAAUGGCGUCGAGCGAUACUCAUGAUGGAGCCAAGGCCUGGUGUCCAAGUCAUUCUCUUGCAUGCUACCACGCCAGGUGCAUUCCGAGCCAUCAUUAAAAUGGAACAGCGCGAUAAAGUACGGCCAAAUCCGGAGCCGCUUCUGAAAUUUGCUGAUCUACGAUUCAAAUUAGUGGGUCGGUAUUUAGGUAUGAUGUGCUGUGAGGAUUUCACAGCUUUUGUGAUGGCCAGAAUGGAUGAACUGCCCACCACCGAAGAAGAGUGUCUUGAUGCUGCUAAUAACCUUGGCUUACAUGGACCAGGAGGUAGAUCGUACUUGUAUUUUAAUAUAACCCGAACUGAACUCUAAAUUUAUGGGCAAAAAUAAAAUU